UCCCAUGCACUUGUCUUCUUCACCCCCAACACUACUUGUGCUGUGUUAUUGUGCUCUUCUUCCCUUCCCCCCCACCACUCUCUUCCUCAGCUCCUUCUUUUUCCUCUUCUUCUUCGUAUCUCUUUUAUAUCUCCCUCUCUAUAACUUGCUUUCUUACAUUCUUUUCGCUCUCUCUCUCUCUCUCACUCUCUCACUGACUCUCCUCUCCUCCCGUCUCCCUCUAUCUCUCACUCAAACUGGCACAAUUCUUCCAUACCCCUCUUCCUAAUAAUCUUUCUGUCUGACAAACCUAUUCCACAUUUUCUCUCUCUGGGUUGUGUUGCCCAUCUUCAAUCUCUUUUAAAUAGAGUGACAGAGAUACACACAGCACACUGAGAAAAUGUCGAGCAGAAGGUCGCGCUCCAGACAGUCAGGGAAUUCGAGGAUCACUGAUGAUCAGAUCAACGACCUUGUAUCCAAGUUGCAACAACUUCUUCCAGAAAUUCGUGAUAGGCGAUCGGACAAGGUAUCCGCCUCCAUGGUCCUACAGGAGACAUGCAACUACAUUAGGAGUUUACACAGAGAGGUAGAUGACCUGAGUGAGCGAUUAUCGGAGUUAUUGGCCACAACAGACGCCAGUAGUGCCCAAGCAGCUAUUAUUAGGAGUCUACUCAUGUAACCGAUCCACCUCUGUAUUCUCUCUCUCUCUCUCUCUCUCUCUCUCUCUCUCUUUUCCCCCUUCUUUCUUCCCUUUUUCUAGGGUUUGUUAGUACGCCGGGGAGAUGGAAUUGAGCUUCAAGGACAUCCCAUUAAUGCAAAGAGGUGUAGUAAUUUUUAAGUUUAGCUAUAUAAUAAACUACUAUUUGCACUCAC